GGGUACACCACUGAUGACAUCGAGUUCUACUGGAAAGGUGAUAAUUCAGUGACUGGGGUGGAGAACAUCGAACUGCCCCAAUUCUCUAUUAUAGACUACCACAUCCAAUCCACAAAAGCAGUGUUUGCUACAGGUAACAAUCUGAUUACUAACCCUUACAAGAGUGUAUUAUUAAUUAAAGUUUCUGAUGUUCCACUUAAGAGUGUCUAACGUUAGAGAGUGUGGCAGAUUGUAACUGCCACAUAAGCACCGGGUAGAAGUUCUCUCAGGCACAGAAAAUAGGAUAAUCUUACCCCUAAAUGCUAAACUGACCUUAGUUCAGCGUCUAGCGGGAAACUUCAUCCUACUCCGACGUGAAAACUGUGUUUGGUCUCCCAGGCUCCUACCCGAGGCUCUCUCUGAGUUUUAAGCUGAAGAGGAACAUUGGCUACUUCAUCCUACAGACCUACAUGCCCUCGACCCUGAUCACCAUCCUAUCCUGGGUCUCCUUCUGGAUCAACUAUGACGCGUCUGCGGCCAGAGUCGCUUUAGGUCGGUGUCUUUGGGUUAUUCUACGGGUUGUCCAUGUGGGGGGGGUGGGGGGGGAGGGGUUAGGUUGUGUCUUUGGGUUAUUCUAUGGGUUGUCCAUGAGGGGGGGUUCAAUAAAGAAUCAUGGCUGAAUAUGUCUUUAGUAGCUUUGGGUUACCAGGUGUAGGCAUAUGUUGUACUGCCAUCCAGGCAGGCAGAAUGUGCCCCUUCACACAGCUGAGAAAAUACUUCUAGUUAUAUUGAGUCCCUCGACGGACAGUCCCCACGGCAGUGUGUAGUUGCACACAGCCUCUUAGGUAGAGUGUAUAUUUACACACGUCCCUUCUUGGCAGAGUGUACCCUUACACAAAGCCCCCUAUGUAGAGUAUACUUACACACACACAGUCCCCUUAGGCAGAGUGUACACCAAGGUUAUUUUAGUAAACUAUAACUGAAACUAAAACAAAAAAAUUAUAAUGAAAAAACUAUUUAGUAAACUGAAAUAAAAUAAUUUACAAACCCAUUUGAAAAACUAAAACUAUACUGAAAAUAUUACCUUUGACUCCAAAGCUAACUAAAAUAAAAAUAAAAACCAUCAUGAAUUAAGUUCAGUUUAAUGUUUUUAAUUUUUGUGUUUUUGGGGGGCGGAAAAACUCUCAGUUACACAGAGUAUCUGUGCAUGUGCAAGGGUUCGCUUCACACUUCAACGCUCAUAGUUGUUGCAGAAAUUGACCCACUAUUCUGUUUACUUUCUGCAUUUAUGCCAUAUUGCUGAGUCUACCUUUAAGGAAGGCUUUCUGUUGAUGUCCUUGGUGUCCUUGUCCCUUGUAGCGUCAGCUGGGUUCUUUGUGUCAGUUGCCCUGUCUAGUUGUGCAUUUUAUUUAUAUUUGGUUUUUACAUUUUAAUUUAAGCACUUUGCGCUUUACAAAUGUAAUAAAUUGUUAUUAUUAUUAUUUGUAUCACCUUAUGCAUUACUGCCCCACAUUGACAUGUAGUGACCUCCAAUAAAUCACAAAAACUAUACAACACAUACAUGGCUCCUAGCCUCCCAAGCAAAGGUUACUUUUUGUCGCUAACACUAAAACUAAAACUGAAAUGAAAUAAUAUAAAAACGAAAUAGAAAUGUUUUUAUAAAAUGUUAACUAAAUAAAAACUUGUCAAUCAGAUCUGAAAAAUAACUGAAACUAACGAAUAGAAAUAAAAACUCUAAAAACACAAAACUAUAAUAACCUUGGUGUACACUUUACACACGGCCCCCUAGGCAAAACUUGUACUUACACACGGCCCCCUAGGCAAAACUUGUACUUACACACGGCCCCCUAGGCAAAACUUGUACUUACACAUGGCCCCCUAGGCAAAACUUGUACUUACACACGGCCCCCUAGGCAAAACUUGUACUUACACAUGGCCCCCUAGGCAAAACGUGUACUUACACAUGGCCCCCUAGGCAAAACUUGUACUUACACACGGCCCCCUAGGCAAAACAUGUACUUACACAUGGCCCCCUAGGCAAAACUUGUACUUACACAUGGCCCCCUAGGCAAAACGUGUACUUACACACGGCCCCCUAGGCAAAACUUGUACUUACACACGGCCCCCUAGGCAAAACUUGUACUUACACACGGCCCCCUAGGCAAAACUUGUACUUACACAUGGCCCCCUAGGCGGGAUGCAUCCAUGCACACGGACACAGUCUCAAGAGGAACAGUUCAUCCUCCAAAGCACAGUGAUUCUUUAGGUGCUUACUACCUCAUCCAAUAUGGGUUUCCUUACAGCCACAACAUGGAGGUCAGAGAUGAAUGCUGAAAUGCUCAUUGUCAUCAAGGUCAAGUGUGCACACAAACACACACACACCCCCCUCAGCAGAGUGUGUCCUUGUGUCCUCACAUGCAUGGUUGUCCUACCCCUGAGGCAGUUUGUGCCCUUACAAAACACACAGUGGACUAGCUACUGACUCAUUGGUGUGCAUCAGUGAUAUAACCUGAGUUUAAGGUGAGAGCUGAAAUGUACCAAAGCAAACUCAUCAGACCUUCUCUGGAAGAAGCAGAGAACACGUUCUCUUUGGAACAACUAAAGAAUCAGUAAACAAUUUUUUUUGAGGCAUUAUAAGGGAGCGUUACCGUAGCUAGCGAAGAAACGGUUGCUAACUAACUAACUGUAAAAGUGUAAAUAUUUCACACCACAGUUAUUAAGCUAGCUAGAGCUACUGCUGCUCCUAUACUCUUGGGCUAAAUACCAUAACGCUGCUUCUGGUCUUUGUUCCUGCCUACAAAAAUGGUGGCUCCAGUUUUGUUUACAUUUUGCUGUUUGUGAAGUAUGAACUUUCACAGGUUAUUGGGUUUAAAGAAAACACAUACAGCAUACACAGAUACUGCAUGUGCUUUGAAUGGUAAAAUGAUUGGUUGAAUGGAUUGUCAAAUGUGGUUGCAUUUUCCAAGUAUUUCACACUCUUCUGUCAGCUUGUCUACUGUUUAUAGUGUGCAGGCUUACUGUUAUCAAGAUGAUGGCACGCUUGGGGGUGUGCUUUAGCCAAUAAUGCAUAGUGAACCCCACUAUAUAUACAAAAGUAUGUAGACACCCUUUCAAAUUAGUGGAUUUGGCUAUUUCAGCCACACCCGUUGCUGACAGAUGUAUAUAAUCGAGCACACAGCAAUCUCCAUAGACAAACAUUGGCAGUAGAAUGGCCUUACUGAAGAGCUCAGUGGCUUUCAACGUGGCACCGUCAUAGGAUGCCACCUUUCCAACAAGUCAGUUCGUCAACUUUCUGCCCUGCUAGAGCUGCCCAUUUCAACUGUAAGUGCUGUUAUUGUGAAUUGGAAACGUCUAGAAGCAACAACGGCUCAGCUGCGAAGUGGAAGGCCAAACAACUCACAGAACGGGACCGCCGAGUGCUGAAGCACGUAACGCAAAGAAAACAUCUGUCCUCGGUUGCAACACUCACUACCGAGUUCCAAACUGCCUCUGGAAGCAACGACAGCACAAUAACUGUUCAUCGGGAGCUUCAUGAAAUGGGUUUCCAUGGCCCGAGCAGCCGCACACAAGCCUAAGAUCACCAUGCGCAAUGCCAAGCGUCGGCUGGAGUGAUGUAAAGCUUGCCGCCAUUGGACUCUGGAGCAGUGGAAACGCGUUCUCUGGAGUGAUGAAUCACGCUUCACCAUCUGACGGACUAAUCUGGGUUUGGCGGAUGCCAGAAGAACGCUACCAUAGUACAGACUGUAAAGUUUGGUGGAGGAGGAAUAAUGGUCUGGGGCUGUUUUUCAUGGUUCGGACUAGGCCCCUUAGUUCCAGUGAAGGAAUCUUAACGCAUAACGCUACCUGCCCAAAUGCAUAGUGGCAACUAUAAAGUUUGGUGGAGGAGGAAUAAUGGUCUGGGGCUGUUUUUCAUGUGAAGGGAAAUCUUAACGCUACAGCAUACAAUUACAUUCGAGAUGAUUCUGUCCUUCCAACUUUGUGGCAAUAGUUUGGGGAUGGACCUUUCCUGUUUCAGUAUGACAAUGCCCCCGUGUACAAAGCGAGGUUCAUAAAGAAAUGGUUUGUCGAGAUCGGUGUGGAAGAACUUGACUGGCCUGCACAGAGCCCAGACCUCAACCCCAUCGAACACCUUUGGGAUGAAUUGGAACACCGACUGUGAGCCAGGCAUAAUCACCCAACAUCAGUGCCCGACCUUACUAAUGCUCUUGUGGCUGAAUGGAAGCAAGUCCCCGCAGCAAUGUUCCAACAUCUAGUGGAAUGCCUUCCCAGAAGAGUGGAGGCUGUUAUAGAAGCAAAGGGGGGACCAACUCCAUAUUAAUGCCCAUGAUUUUGGAAUGAGAUGUUGGACGAGCAGAUGUCCACAUACUUUCGGUCAUGUAGUGUACCUGCAAAAAUGUGGCAUUUUGUCCACUAAGUAUCUAAUGUGGAACUGAUUAUGUAUGGCUGAUUAUAAUACGAGCUUGUCUCUUCCUUUACAUGUUACUCUUACAUGAGUCUCACACCUUAGUGAGUAAUAUACAUCAUUUUAUACAGUUCAUACAUAUAGCCUGCAUGGGUGUAGAUAGUUCUGUAUACCAAAGUCUAACAAACCUCUUAGUCUUAUAUACUGAUAAUGACAUGAAACUCACGUUAUUUUGAUGUAACAGUUUCGUGUAGACCAAACAUUGUACGUAUAGACUAAAACAAUGCUCAAACGAACAUUGAUCUUCAAUCUUGUGAUCCCAGUACACUUAUCUAAUGCAGUAACGCAGGGCACAUUUUUACAUCCAUCUGUUUGUAUGAAGUGAGCAGUUGUGAGAUGAGGUGAAGUGUAUGAGCGGUGAGUGAUUGGAAUGCCUGUGUGCUGAGCCAUGUUGAGUUGGGUCAGCUUGUUCUUGUUAACUCAGGCUCCCAAGAGUCUCUGUGUCACAGGGAACGUAGCGUUGUGGCUGAGUGACAACUUCACACCAAGGCAUUAUCUAGCUGUGUAUUGCUCUUCUGAGGACUGUCUCACUAGAAUACAAUAUAACACUGUUCUGGUGUUCUGGAUCUAUGCUUGUCCAGUGUUUUCACCUGGAGCUCAGAGGUGUUAUGCAUGUGACGGACACUGAUGGCCACAGUCAUUUGAUAUUUUCACAGGUAAAUGUAAAUACGGUAUGUAUCAGGUCAACGUAGGUAACAUAUUGGUAUGCACCACCUUCAGACCAAAGAUUUUUUUCCCCUUGUUCCCACAUCUUGGUUUAAUACAGAGCAUUCUGACCUUGUACCCCAUCCAGAAGUCCAUGCAUUUAGAAUGCAGCUUUGGACUGGGUUGAGUUAUCGAGAUCAUCAUCAAGUCAUGUAACGGGCUUUUCCACAUCCUUGUUUCUACGGUACCCAGAAGUCUCCCAUUUCUUAGGGCAUGUGUCUUGAAAGACAAAAGCCUGCACACCCUGUAUAGGAGCUUAAGAUCCCUCAUCUAAACCCUAAACUAACCAUGACCCUGAGCCUUUCCCUCCCUCCCCCCAGGUAUAACCACUGUGCUGACCAUGACCACCAUAAACACACAUUUGAGAGAGACUUUACCCAAAAUCCCCUACGUCAAGGCUAUAGACAUCUACCUGAUGGGCUGCUUUGUGUUCGUCUUCCUCGCCCUGCUGGAGUACGCCUUCGUCAACUACAUAUUCUUCGGACGGGGACCUCACUUGCAGAAAAAGGUGGCGGAGAAAGCAGCUCAAACCAAUAACGAAAAUAAGAGCCGACUGGAGAGUAACAAAGUGCAGGUAGGAGUGGGGGUAGGAGUGGGGGUAGGAGUGGGGGUAGGAGUGGGGGUAAUCUCGCGUUUCGUAUUCGAAGUCUCUGGCAUAUGAAAAUCGACGAUGGGCUUAAAUGUUUCCAAACUUCAAAAGAUCAAAGCUCAUGGUCUGUUGUGUUUUGUAAUAUAUUGUGACCUCACUUCCAAUUCCCAUAUCCCUCAACAGGUGGAUGCCCAUGGCAACAUCCUCCUGACCAGUCUGGAGAUCCGUAACGAGAUGGGCGGGAUGGGUGGCAUGGCCGGGAUGACCGGGGCUGAGAUGAUAGGGGCUCUCAACGACCCGCGGGCCACCAUGUUCUCCUACGACAGCGCCAGCAUACAGUACCGUAAGCCCAUGGCCAGCCGAGACCUGUACGGUCGACCAGCCCUCGACCGGCCCGUCGGCCACAAGAAGAGUCGUUUGAGGAGGAGGGCGUCGCAGCUCAAAGUCAAGAUCCCCGACCUGACGGACGUCAACGCCAUAGACAAGUGGUCCCGCGUCAUCUUCCCCAUCGCCUUCACCUUCUUCAACCUGGUCUACUGGCUGUACUACGUCCACUAG